CAGUGACGGGGUGCGGGCUAUGAUGGAGUCGGCCCUGACAGCCAGAGACCGGGUGGGUGUGCAGGAUUUUGUCCUGCUGGAGAACUUCACCAGUGAAGCUGCCUUCAUAGAGAACCUGCGCAAACGCUUCAAGGAGAAUCUGAUCUAUACUUACAUUGGAUCGGUGCUGGUGUCAGCUAACCCAUACAAAGACCUGGAGAUCUACACCAAAAACCACAUGGAGCGCUACCGUGGGGUCAACUUCUACGAGGUCUCUCCACACAUGCCUGAUGGAGACAGCUCAAAUAAGAUAGAUAAGUGUCCCACCUCCUCCCACAAUGCUCGCAUGGGAAUAUUUGCUCUCCCCGUCAACCUAACAGAGUCGGCCAAUGACAUAAUGCUCAUAAGGUCUGCGUUCUCUUCACGAGUCAAGCCGUCUGGUAACUGUCCCAAAGUGAGCUCCAUCAAUGACCGCAGCGACUGGAAGGUGGUGAGAAAAGCCCUGACUGUGAUUGGCUUCAGUGACAAUGAGGUGGAGGAGUUGUUGAACAUCAUCGCCAGCGUGCUUCACCUUGGCAAUGUGCAGUAUGGUGAGGAAGAGGGCAACGCCUGCAUCACCUCAGAUACACAGAUCAAGUACCUGGCCAGGUGGGAACCGGUCCAGUACUUCAACAACAAGAUCAUCUGUGACCUGGUGGAGGAGAAGUUUAAAGGCAUCAUCUCCAUCCUGGAUGAAGAGUGUCUGAGGCCUGGUGAUGCCAGUGACUUCACCUUCCUGGAGAAGCUGGAGGACACCGUGGGAGGACACGCUCACUUCGUCACUCACAAGCUGGCUGAUGGAAAGACCCGGAAGGUAAUGGGUCGAGAGGAGUUCCGACUGCUGCACUACGCUGGAGAGGUCAACUACAAUGUCACCGGAUUUUUGGACAAGAACAAUGAUCUUCUCUUCAGGAACCUAAAAGAGGUCAUGUGUAUGUCGGAGAACAAGAUCCUGAGGCAGUGCUUCGACCGGGAGGAGCUGAGUGACAAGAAACGGCCUGACACGGCAGCCACACAGUUCAAAGUCAGCCUGGCGAAACUCAUGGAGAUCCUGAUGUCCAAGGAGCCUUCGUACGUGCGCUGCAUCAAACCCAAUGACUCCAAACAAGCAGCUCGGUUUGACGAGGUGUUGAUCCGUCACCAGGUCAAGUACCUGGGUCUGAUGGAGAACCUGAGAGUGAGGAGAGCCGGCUUUGCUUAUUUGUGUUUGUUGCACGUGUUUAGGUACAAGUCUCUGUGUCCGGACACGUGGCCUAACUGGCAGGGGAAGCUGGCUGAUGGAGUGUCCACACUGGUCAAACAUUUGGGGUACAAACCAGAGGAGUACAAACUGGGCAGAAGCAAAAUCUUCAUCCGGUUCCCAAAGACGCUGUUUGCCACAGAGGAGGCACUGGAGACCAGAAAACAUAGUCUUGCCACCAAGCUACAGGCAGGAUGGAGAGGCUACAGCCAGAAAACCAAGUACCAAAAACUCAGAACUUCAGCCAUUGCAGUCCAGGCAUGGUGGAGGGGCAUCCUGGCCCGGAGGAGAGCCCAGCGCAGGCGGCAGGCUGCCAACACAAUACGCAGGUACGACUCGUAUCUGAGCCCGACCAGCAGGUGGAGCUGUACACCGCUUCAGACCACAAGUGUGUGGCAAGAAUAG